ACACCUUUUAGGCUGAACGGUAGAGUUUGGCAGUUGGCCUUCCUAUUUCACCUUCUUCUCGAACCUCAAUUCCCUACUCUCACCAUGGCAGACGUUCUCAUUUCGACUCCUUCCCUCGAGUCGGGCUCAUUCAUGACUGUGACCUCUGCGAGGCAGUUCGACAAGCUGGCUGUUUUUGAAGCUCACGUCCUCUCCUACCUGCGUCGAGUGAAGGAGUAUCACGAGUUUGUGUUUACCGACGUGCCUCCCUCCUGGGGACAGGCCAUAUUGCGGCUUAUCGACGAGAAGAUCGCGUCUCGAAAAAGCUACAACACUACGAGCCGCAGCUUAAGCAUCAGGGUUAUGCCGACAGAGAUCCAGAACUGUAUCCAAGACUGGCUCCUAAAUCAUGAUGUAACGCGAGAGGAACAGUUGCUUUUGCAUGGGAUAGUCGGUACAACUCUUGAAUUUAAAUACGGUCCAUACACCGGCUCUACGAAGGAACCCGACUUCUUUUUCCGAGUCAACGGUCACAUCCUCCCAACUCUUGCAGUUGAGUGCGGCUGGAGCGAGUCGGGGGCACCACUUCUUGACGGUAUGAACAUGUUGCUAGUGGGUGGUGAUGGCUCUAUUAAGGUUGUAAUCAUUGUUGAAUGGACAAGAUUGCAAGGAGGUCGCGUCUCAGGGACCACUGUCUUUCCCCCGCCUGCUACCGCAAGCAGCCAACGAUUAGGGAUCCGACGAUGUGAUCUUUUUGGGCCGGCGAUGUUAGCUGGUCGCGAUGGGAAUGACGUCCUUUACCUAGAUAUCGAGCAAUUGCGCGAUCAUGCCGCGAGAAACCUCGGGUUCAUGAACCUUGUUCCUGCCUAGAUAUGUUCUU